AUGGGUGCCUCUCACUAUACAACUGAGGUGAAAGAAGCCGCGUCUGUCGAGAUUCCAUUUGACAUGCCGGUUAUCGACUACGCCGGUCUGUGUGGAUCUCCAGAGGAGCGUGCCAAAUGGCUGGACGAGCUGGAUAGAGGUUUUCAAACUUAUGGGUUCGUCUACUUGUCGAACUCGAGUAUUCCAGAAGAGAUGCUAGAGGAGGCAUUUGAAUGGUCGAAACGUCUCUUUGCUCUUCCAUUGGAAGUGAAGAUGAAGGCCAAACAUCCAGCAUAUGAAACACCUUACAGCCAUCGCGGCUAUGCCCCUCAAGGCGUUGGACAUACCGUCCAGCUGCUCUUUGACCCUGACGAGAUUGAAAAGACAAAGAUUACUGCUCCAGAGAUCAAGGAGACUUUCGAGUUGGGUAACAGCAGGCCGGAUAGUGAGCUAGUGCCCAAUAACUGGAUUCCAGAGGAGGACCUGCCUGGCUUCCGCGCGUUUCACGAACGCUGGUUCGUUGCCUGCACGGAGCUCUCGCAGAGCUUGCAGCGAUGCCUGGGCGAGGCACUUAAGCUCGAAGAUCCAGAUUUGCUCUGCAAGCAGGAAUCUAAAUAUGACGCCCAUAUUAGCCUCAUGCACUAUCCGGAAAUGCUCAUCGAACCCCUCCGUUCGGGGACUAAGCACCGGCUAAACGCACACUCAGACUAUGGCAGCCUGACGAUGCUGUUCCAAGGGCUUGUGGGAGGGCUUGAGGUACACGAUGGUGAAGCUUAUAGGCCCAUCGUCCCCAAGCGCGGCACCAUCAUUCUCAAUGUUGGAGAUAUGCUCGAGCGCCAAACAAACGGCCGCUGGAAGAGCUCUCUGCAUCGUGUUGUUGCACCUCGUGAGAUCAUGAUGCGGGACGACUACGAGCCCAGCGGUACUGUGGUCGACAGAUAUGCCAUUGUCUACUUUUGCCAGCCAAAUGCGGAUGUGCUCAUAGAUACUUUGCCAGGAUACGAAGAGGCGGGCAAGUGGAAGCCCAAUAUGAUUGGGGAUUGGGACGAGAAAAUGACAAGCCUUCAGUGGCUGCAUAAGAGGUACACAGCAGAAUUUCACUAG